AUGAACGUUCGAACCGGGUCGCACCAGCUAAGCAAUGGACUCUACGUCUCGGGUCGACCUGAACAGCUGCUUAAGGAGCGCCAGCCGACAGUGGCUUCACGCGCCGUUCCCUACACAGGCGGUGAUGUUAAGAAAUCCGGCGACCUAGGAAAAAUGUACGGAAUAGAAUUAUCAAGUGGGGACCACCCGCUGGCUCCGCCUAAAGUUCCUUCCCGGCAAUCUUCAUCUUCUCAGCACAAUAGUGGAUCUGUUAGAUCCGGCCCAAACUCUGGUCCAGUUAACAAGAAGUCUUCUUCCUCCUCGUUCUCAGGGCCCAUUACGCCGAUUCAGCCCACGGGCCUCAUUACCUCCGGCCCAUUGGGCUCCUCCAGCUCCAAUCGCCGAUCGGGCAGGCUGGACAGUCCGUCCGCCGGGCAUAGCUCGUUUAAUAAAGCUCUGUACGGCUCGGCAGUAACGAGCUUGGGGGAGGAGGUGAAAUUGAGCUUCAAGGUUUCGAGGGUGGCAAUGUGGGUGUCCUUGGUGGUUGUAGUUAUGGGCUUGGUGGUGGGUGCGUUCCUUAUGGCAGCGGUGAAGAAGCCAGUGAUUUUGGUUGCAGUGGUGGCAGUUUUAGUCCCUGUCGUGGUGGUUUUAAUAUGGAAUUAUGCUUACAAAAAGCGGGGAAUUCUAAGUUUUCUAAAGAAGUACCCGGAUGCUGAGCUGCGAGGAGCCGCUGAUGGGCAGUACGUCAAAGUCACUGGGUUCAGUGUUAUAUUAAUGUAA